AUUUUCUCACCUCAACUUCUUCCUUUCUUUUGGACCUGCUCACCGUUGACGCUCCUUAGUCCCUGGUCCGUGCAUGGGCAGAAUCUGUUCUUCCGGCCCAAUUUUCUCCCUGCUAAUUGCACUUGGCAUUCGUUGCAUGUAGUAUAUCAGAUCCGUCACUUGUCCUUUGUCAUACAUUAAUUUAUCUGCGCCAACGAUUGGGGGAAUUCGCUCUUCUUACCUGAAAGCACAGGGUUCAUCGCUCUGUUCUCGGAUUUCAUCAGUCCUUCUUUUUUUGCCCCCUUCGUCUUUGAGAAAUCUUGCUAGACAUCUCUACGAUAUUCGACUGGUGGAGGAUCAUGUUGUAUCGAAAUGCUUCCCGGUCCCUGAGUUCUCUCGCCCGGGCUGGUCUGCCACGACCUCCCCGGAAUCAUCGUUUCACCACCCCUUAUGUCGUACGGAAUUUCACGCAGGGGCCUGUAUUGGCGAGGCCCGACUCGUUAGAGCAAAGCUCCCCCGAAGAGCCCAAGAGUCGGAGAAAGGAGAGAGAGAGGGAGACGGAGGAGGAGCCCACUGUGAGGUCGACUUUGCUGAAGAUGAUGGAGACAGCGGCCACGACAUUCGCCUCUCUUGCAAUCUUAGGUCUUGCUGGAUAUGCGUAUCAUCGUUACUACAAGUAUCUGAUCCUGGAAAAAAUGGAGAAUGCUUUCAAUCCUGGUGACCCUGCGCUUGAAAUUGCCGGGAUCGAGGAAGGAAAGCACCGGUUCAACCAUGAAGAGCACUGGGUAGUCCGUGACGAGCAAGCCCGCAUCGACAGGAUUGUCUCUGGCCUCGGAGUCGGACGCUAUUACCUGUUGGUCGGGGAGAAAGGGACUGGAAAGACGUCCAUGAUCCUCGAAGCGAUGCGUAAAAUCAAUGGCGAGGGGUGCGCAAUGUUCGAGGCGCACGGAGACCUGGAGAUCUUCCGGAUCCGUCUGGGUAAAGCACUGGACUAUGAAUUCCAUGAAGACUACAUUGGAAGUUUAUUCAGCAUCAAGGGCCCCCGGGACACAACCGCUCUCCUGGAUAUUGAGCGCGCAUUCAACAAGCUAGAAAAGGUCGCUUUGACUAGACGGCGCACGAAGAAGAGCCCCUUGAUUCUGAUUGUCAACAGCGCACACUUAGUUCGCGACGAUCAUGAUGGCCAGGAUCUUCUGGAGGUCAUUCAGCAACGAGCCGAGCAGUGGGCCGCAAGUGGCCUUGUCACGACGAUCCUGAAUAGCGAUGAUUACUGGGUGUACGAACGUCUCAAGCGCUAUGCGACGCGCAUGGAAGUCAUCCCCGUCAAAGAUUUACCAAAGGAGCCGGCCAUGGAGGCUCUAAAGAGAUACCGUAAGCAGUAUUUUGGUGAAGAGCUUUCACCUGAAGACCUAGAGAAGGUGUACGACGCUGUUGGAGGGCGGUUGUCCUUCUUGAACCGGGUGGCUAAGGCCCCCGACUACAAGAAACUAUGCCAAGAUAUCUGCACGGCGGAGAAGACAUGGUUCCUCAACAAGUGUUGGAUCCUGGGCCCCGAGAUGGAUGAUGAUGUGAUGGACCAGCAGAAAUAUGCGUCUGCCGCGAUGGUGCUGGCCAAGGCACUUGUGGAAGAGGAAAAGAAGAUGAAGCAUGUCUACCACCCGGAGCUAGGCCACAUCCUCCCCGAGAUCCCCCUCCACGAAGCCCGGCAGAUCAUGACGAGAGCCGAUUUCGUUCAGAGUUAUGAUCAUGAAAACAUCUUCACUAUCGACUCUCGAGCCAUGGUUCGAGCCGACUCUGUUCCGAUGCAGAACGCGUUCCGGGAAAUCUGCAACUGGCCAGGGUUCGAUGAGCACUUAGAGGGCACAUUGACGCGUAUUGGAGAUAUCGAAAGUCUCGGACGUACGCGCGAAUUGACGAUAAAAGACCUAUGGAAUCAGGGCAAAUACCAACUGGUCAUGCGGGAUGGUAAGGGCCGUGAGCAAGGCGCGGCGGAGUUUUCCGUGGUAGAGCGCGAGCCAGAGAAAGAAGACGAGUGAGGACGAUUAUUGGAUAUGUAGGUAGCCUGCGAUGCGACAUGCAUUGCAGGCUUUGCGAGGCAAUGGCCAGACCUGAAUAAGUGUUGAUUUGUUCUCUUCGUGACCAUGGCAUCAUGUAUACAAACGAUUUGUACAAAUAUGGUUGACUAUUUUGUGGGCAAUUGUAUAGGAACAGACAAAAC